AUGUGCGACUUGUCGUUCGGCGGUCACAACCUCGAUGUUUCGAUCGUGGCUUUGACUUAUAUUCGCGACGCCAAUGGGUCGCAGAUUAACCACGAGCCGGCACGACCCAAGAUGAUACCCGCCGAGCAUAUCGACCAUGGCACCGUCGAAGGGCGACAAAUUUUCUACGAUCAGGUCUGCUACCUUCUUCGAAAGAAAUGUAAA